AUGUUUGACGACGAUACCGGAGCCGAGCCAAAAAUUGUCAGCGCGAGCUUCGCGGAUCCAUUUUUGCUAUUAGUUAGAGACGAUGCUAGCAUAUUCGUUGCUCAGUGCGAUGACAGUAACGAAUUGGAGGAGGUUGAGCGAGAGGACGACAGCUUGCUUACCACGAAAUGGCUUACUGGAUGUUUGUAUACGGAUACCACAAAUGCAUUUACUAUUGUCCAAUCCGAUAGGGGCAGCAAGCAUGGAGAAAAUGCCAUGAUGUUUCUGCUCAGUGCUGGUGGAGCUCUUCACAUAUAUGCCCUUCCAGACCUCUCAAAACCAGUCUACGUUGCAGAAGGCCUCUGUUUUGUACCACCAGUCCUGUCUGCCGACUAUGCCGCCAGGAGAUCAGCUGCUCGUGAAACCCUGGCCGAGAUCAUUGUGGCUGACCUUGGGGAUGGUGUCUCGAAAUCACCUUACCUCAUUUUACGUCCUUCCAGUGACGAUCUCACCAUAUACGAGCCAUUUCAAAUCAAAUCACUAUCAUCUUCGAACACAUUAUCAUCGACCCUCCACUUUCUCAAGAUCCAUAAUCCACAUUUAGCCAAUAAUCCGGAUGUUUCUGCUGAAGAGUUAGCAGAGGAUGACAUUUUAUCGCGAGACGAACCAAUGCGCGCAAUUUCAGACUUAGGCGGAUACAGCACGGUGUUCCUACCAGGUGGCUCGCCCAGCUUCGUCAUCAAGAGCUCUAAGAGCUCACCGAAAGUACUAAGUCUCCAAGGGGCCGGUGUCAGAGGAAUGAGCAGUUUCCAUACAGCAGGUUGUGACAGAGGCUUCAUCUACGCAGACAUUGAUGGCAUUGCUCGGGUAUCACAAUUUCCCGCAGAAACGAGUUUCGCGGAAAUAGGUGUAUCACUGCGAAAGGCCCCCCUUGGUCUUGACGUCCAUGCCGUCACAUAUCAUCCUCCGAUGGAGUGCUACGUUGUUGGCGCAAGCAGUCGGGUUGAAUUUGAAUUACCGAAAGAUGACGACUACCGCCGGAAUUGGCAGUUAGAAGACAUCUCAUUCAAGCCGACGAUGGAAAAAGGCUUCUUGAAAUUGGUUAAUCCUAUCAAUUGGUCUGUGAUUGACACAAUUGAGAUGGAGGCCUCUGAGAUAAUCAUGUGCGUCAAGGUGCUGAAUCUUGAAGUCUCCGAAGUCACCAACGAGAGAAGGCAGAUGGUGACUGUUGGUACGGCGAUUUCUAAGGGUGAAGACCUUGCUAUCAAAGGGAGGCUCUACGUCUACGACAUUGUCCAUGUCAUUCCAGAACCUGACAGACCAGAGACGAAUAAGAGAUUGAAGCUGGUUGCAAGGGAAGAUAUCCCUCGAGGAGCCAUCACUGGCGUUUCUGAAAUAGGAACGCAGGGUUUCAUGCUCGUAGCGCAGGGGCAAAAGUGUAUGGUUCGUGGUCUCAAGGAAGAUGGGACUUUGCUUCCCGUGGCAUUCAUGGAUAUGAACUGCUAUGUCACUGCUGUCAAGGAACUCCGUGGUACGGGGUUAUGCGUUCUCGCUGAUGCCGUCAAAGGCGUAUGGUUUGUCGGCUACACCGAGGAGCCUUAUAGGAUGAUGCUUUUUGGAAAGUCCCCAACUAACAUGGAGAUCAUGACCGCUGACCUUCUUCCGGACGACAAAGAUCUCUACAUCGUGGCAGCGGACGCGGAUUGCAAUCUCCAUAUCAUGCAAUUCGAUCCUGAGCAUCCCAAAUCCCUCCAUGGACACCUAUUGCUACACCGCACAACCUUCUCCCUAGGUGGACACCUCCCAACAACCAUGACUCUCCUUCCUCGUACCACCGCCGCAACCAUGCUCCCACCAUCACCCGACGCAAUGGACAUUGCCGCCGAAGCCACUAUUCCAUCUCAGCAACUCCUAAUCACGUCCCACAGUGGACAAAUCUCCCUCCUCUCCUCUCUCUCAGAAAAUCAAUAUCGCCGCUUAUCAACACUAGCAAGCCAUCUCACCAAUACGCUGUAUCAUGCAUGCGGUCUUAACCCGAGGGCAUAUAGAGUUGACAAGGAUGCCGCUGAAGGCAUGGUGGGUGGCCGAACGGUCAUCGAUGGCGGUAUGCUGCUCAGAUGGAUGGAAUUAGGAAGCCAGAGACGAGCGGAGGUUGCGGGGAGAGUUGGCGUCGAUGUGGAGGAGGUGAGGGAGGAUCUGGUGGCGCUGACGGGUGGACUGGGGUAUUUGUGA